GUCUAAAAGGGGGCGCGGUCAGCGCCGAGCCUUCUCACAGAGGCUGAGGCGGCCACGUCCCGCUACCCAAGGUUGUAGAGGCGUCCCUCCAUUUGUCCUGGGGACCUCCAGACAUGUCCGAGGUGAAGAGCCGGAAGAAGUCGGGGACGAAGGGAGCCCCGGCGGAGCCUGGGAAGCGGAGCGAGGGCGGGAAGAGUCCCGAGGCUCCGGGUGGUGGAGGCAGGGGCUGGGCCGACCCCCGGACCGGCGUGAGCCUGCUGUCACUGGGGACGUGCUUGGGCCUGGCCUGGUUUGUAUUUCAGCAGUCAGAAAAGUUUGCAAAGGUGGAAAACCAAUACAAGUUACUGAAGAUGGAAACCAGUGAAUUCCAAGGACUUCAAAGUAAAAUCAGUUUAAUUUCAGAAAAGCUUGCCUCUACUGAAAGUAUCCUGCAGGAAGCUACAUCCUCCAUGUCUUUGGUGACCCAGUUUGAGCAGGAAGUAGCCACCCUCCAAAGAAUCAUGCAUGACAUUCAAACCAGUGAAGAGAUGCUCACCCAAAAGAUGAAAAGCCUUAAUGAGAAGUUCCAGAAUGUUACAGAUUUCUGGAAGAGAAGCCUAGAAGAAAUGAAUGUUAAUACAAACAUUUUCAAAUCAGAAUCAAAACAUAUACAUUCUCAAGUCACUGUCCAAAUUAACUCAGCUGAACAGGAAAUAAAAUUGCUCACUGAAAGGCUAAACGAUUUGGAAGAUAGCACAGUCAGAAAUAUUAGAACUAUACAGAGACAAGAAGAAGAGGAUCUUCUGCGAGUAGAGGAGCAGCUUGGCUCCGACACAAAAGCGGUGGAGAAGUUAGAGGAGGAGCAGCAUGCUCUCUUUGCCAGAGAUGAAGACCUGACUAACAAACUCUCCAGCUAUGAACCCAAAGUUGAAGAAUGCAAGACACAUUUGCCGACGAUUGAAAGUGCUGUUCACUCUGUUCUGAGAGUCUCUCAGGAUCUGAUCGGGACAGAAAAGAAAAUGGAAGACCUGACCCUUCAGAUGUUUAACAUGGAAGAUGAUAUGCUGAAAGCAGUAUCUGAAAUCAUGGAGAUGCAGAAGACCCUGGAAGGAAUUCAGUAUGACAAUAGCAUAUUAAAGAUGCAGAAUGACCUGGAUGUUCUCAAAGGAAAAGUUCACGAUUUUAUAGUAUAUUCAAGCACAAGAGAAAAGGGGACUCCAGAAGAAUAUAAUCUAGAAAAUAAAGAAAGCGAUAGUGACUUCUAAAUGCACUGCAUUUAUUCUGAUGAACCACACUAUUAUGCACACGCUGAUUAGCUCCAGGCUUCUGAGUUAUUUCCAUAUGCCUCACUUCAUCCUAAAUUAUUAGAAAGUAAGUGAGACACCACAAAAAUGGAUUAUCCAAAUAAUCAAACCUUAUCUUUUUAAGCAAUAAAAUUUUUCAUUUUAACCAUUUAAAAUAGAGAUAUUUUAAAAAUGUUUCUCUGCUUUUUUGAAGUAUAUACUUAAUAUUUUUAAAUGUUUUUCUGAUAAUUGUGUAUCUGCUCAAUCUCUCAGAUGUGUCCAAAUCUCUGUGGCCCCAUGAACCAUAGUCCACCAGGCUCUUCUUUCCAUGGAAUUUUCCAGGCAAGAAUGCCGAAGCAGGUUACCAUUUCCUAUUCCAGGGAAUCUUCCUGACCCAGAGAUGGAACCUGAGUCUCUUGUGUUUCCUUCGUUGGAAGGCAGAUUCUUUACCACCUGCACCAUUUGGGAAUCCCCUUUCUAAUAGUUAACGGACAUUAUUAGGAAUUUCAUUUGUUAUAUUGGACCCAAAUAUAUUACUGUUCCUAGGAGCUAUUGAGAGGUGUUCAUGUCCUUACUCAAUGACCUCAGUUUGCUAUUUUUCAAGUCUUAAUGUCUCUUCCUUAUACCUUUUCUGUCACCUGAAAAAGGGUUGCACUGAGCUGAUCUUACCAUCAGGUUGAUCAGUAAUGUGUUUGCCUCCACCAGUUCUUCAUUUCUGUUGUAGUUUACUGCAGGCUAAGAAUCCAGACAAUUUUCUACAAAAUAAAACAUGCCUCGGGUGCUUUGCAAUGAAAUGAUAAUGCACUUUUUGGAAACUGAGGAGCCUGGGAAACAUUUUUACGUUUUGUUAAGGUUCUAAACUGUUACAGAUAAUUGUAAGAACUUUUUUAAAAAAGAGUAAACCCGUUCUUUUUGAAGAAUUUCCCUUUGAA